UUUUUUGUAAAUAGUUCAGUGAGAUUGAAAAACCGACGCCAUUAGUGAAGACAACGUUGCCAUUACAAAAAUCGUUUUAACCCAAUAAUGCCACCUACAGAUAAUAGAAUUUAUGUUGGCAAUCUUCCCCCUGAUAUAAGAGCUAGAGAUAUUGAAGAUUUAUUUUAUAAGUUUGGCAAAAUCACGUUUGUCGAUUUGAAAACACGAAGGGGACCACCGUUUGCUUUUGUUGAAUUUGAAGAUCAUAGAGAUGCUGUAGAUGCAGUAACGGACCGAGACGGUUAUAAUUAUGAUGGGUACACACUUAGGGUAGAAUUUCCACGAGGCUCUGGGCCAGGUGGUCCUGGUGGUGACCGUGACUUUGGUGGCGGCGGUGGUGGUGGUGGUGGGGGUGGCUUCAGAGGAGGCCGAGGUGGAUAUGGUGGAGGCUUUAGUGGUGGUAGAGGAGGCGGUGGUGGUGGUGGUGGGAGAGGAGGUCCACCAUCAAGAAGAUCAGAAUAUAGAGUUCUUGUUUCAGGUUUGCCUCCAACAGGAAGUUGGCAAGACUUGAAGGAUCACAUGAGAGAGGCUGGAGAUGUCUGCUAUGCUGAUGUUUAUAAAGAUGGUACUGGUGUCUGUGAGUUCCUGAGAAAAGAAGACAUGAAAUAUGCAUGCAGAAAAUUAGAUGAUUCUAAAUUCAGAUCACAUGAGGGUGAGACCUCGUAUAUCAGGGUAAAGGAAGAUUCUGGCGGCAGGUAUGGCAGCAGCAGUUACCAGUCACGGUCGCGAAGCAGGAGCAUGUCACCUCCUAGAAGAUCACGUGGUUCACCUAGAUACUCGCCGAUGAGAUCCCGCUCUCGAUCACCAUACUGAUUCUUUAAUCAAAACUUACACACGCCAUUUUCAUCACACAAUUCAUUAAUCCACAGAAUCAACAUGUUUUAACUUGUAUACACAAUUUUUUUUUUCAUUAUAAACCACAUAAGUAUGGCAUCAUAUGGUCAUUACUAGUUCAGUCAUUUCAAUAUUUACAUAUACAUCUGAAUGUUGCAUUCAUUUUCAUGUUUAUAUGUCUCAAAAUGUCAUUUUGAAAGCCAAAAAUCAGAAUUUUUGAAAAUUUCCAUUUUUCCCCUCAAGCUAAAAAUGAUUUGGUUUGACAGUAAAAGAAAGAUGCCAUAUUUUAUUGAUAACUGUUCAAAACUGUAAAAGCAAAAACAAAGUAAAAUAUGAUGACAAUUAAGAAAUUAGGUUAAUGCUAAAAUUCAUCCAUUUUCAGAAGAUCAGAUUAAAGAGUUAGGGUGAGCUAUUAAAGUGAAACAGGCAGUCAAGACUUCAGACUGAUGAGAACGAUAAAAAAACUUGGAUGUAUUUAAUCGGUAAUAACGGCGUUUGUUAUAAAAAAAUGUUCUUUUACAGUAUGUGUGAAUGUUAUUGCAUGUAUAAUGACAGUGACAAAAUAACAUGCUACAGGCUGUAGUUUUAAUGCAAAAUGAGAACUUUUUAAGAGGACUAUGAGCUAGAGCUGUUUACAAAUUUCCAGAUGAUAGAGUAACCUAAUUUUUUUUGUCGUCCAAAUUUGACAUUUUGAAUAUGAAUUUGAUUUUUAAUCUGCAGUGUACAUACAUGUCUUGUGCUAUUUGACAGAUACAGUAUUGAUACAUACACCUGUGUGAUUCAGAAAUUACACUUUUUGAAUUUUAAAUUUUUAGUUGGUGUAUCAAAAAAGAAUCAAAAUUUGAAGUUAAUUUUUUAUUUUAAUCAUUUGUGAAUCACACAGUGUUAGACUAGUAAUCUAUGUAUUUACACAAUGUUUUGUAUGUAUGUGUUUUGAGUAUUGUCUAUUUUAAUAACGAUGCAUUGUUGUUUAUAUUAAAGGGCUCUUGGAUUCAGGAUAAGGAUCCGUUCAGGAGCCAGCUAGCUAGGAAAGGAGCUGAUAAGGAUUUAAGGGAGCUCCAUGUAGGGGUUUGAGCUCCAUGCUUAAGGAUGGAUUAAAGGAUUUACUUGGAUCUGUCAGGAUUUAGGAUAUUUUUUUCCAUGAUUUUUCUCCUCUCGGCCCUGUUUGUCUUGGAUAAAGAAAUAUUGGCAGUCCUGUAAGGAACAGAGCUUUGGGAAUUGGAUUACAAAGUUACUUUCAUCUUGAAAUUUCAAAUGGGCUGAAUUAUAUUGUUUUUUCUCUUUAAUUUUUUUUUCCAAUUAUUUAUAAAAAUAUUGAAUUAAUUUGGUAAGUAUGUAAAUACUGUCUUCAGGAAAUUUGUACUACAGGAGUUGAUUGUUAAAGGCAGAGGAUAAGUUGAUAUAAAUGUGUUAGGCCUGGAAAAAAGGAAGGAAUGGAAUUUGCUGCCCUUUGUAAUCUCAGAGGAAGCCCCAUUUCUAUGCAGGAUAAAAGUCAUGGAAAAGGUUCUCAGGAUAAGGAAAUAAGAUUCCAAUGGAUCUAAAAUCUGGAAUAAAAGGAGUAAAUAUACAAUGAUACAUAUAGCUUUUUCAACUUGAUCUAGGAAAACUUUGCCCCUAUCUUGGAUAAGUGUGUCUUCUUUAUGGAGGGAAAUUUGGAUCUUUUCUUCUAUAUGGAGGGAAAAUUGGAUCUUUUCUUCUAUAUGAAGGGAAAAUUGGAUCUUUUUCUAAAGUUUUUGGAGGUAAUAUAAAGGAUUAAGGAUUCCUGUUCUAAUUGUAAGUAUAAAUGGUCCCCCAGUAAAUAUUUGGAUGACAAUCUUUUGACUGGCCUACAUUAAAUACUUGAUCCCCUACCUAAUGUUUUACUAUUUUCAAUUCAGGAAGAGGGGUAAAAAAAUUUACAUAAAUCUAAGCCUGCUGGCAGCAACAGAUUCUACCCUUGUGAUCAGUGCAAAUCAAGAUCACCUGGCAUAUCCAUGCAAUCUGAUCAUGGUCUGCACUGUGAGCCAUUAAGUUUGUACAUCAUUUGAAAAUUUCCCAGAAAAAGGAUGGUUUUGAUGGAAUAGUCCAUUUAUAGGGUGGUAAUGGUUAUUGGUUGAAGGCUUAAACUGAUCGUACAGUAUAACUGAGUAGUGAAGUUGAUCCUCAAAUUGAAGGGGAAAUCACAAAAUUUAAUAUGAUAUUAAUAAAAUAAUAGUAAUUCGUCAUUUUAAAAUGACUAUAUACUGGAUAGCCUAGGCAAAUUCAAUGAUUAUAAUUAUCACCCUUUAUUUUUCAGAAGUAAAAAUGUACUAUAAAUAAAAUACAUUAAACAGUG